AUAUACUGCUGCAAAUUAUCUGCAUUAAUAUUAAUAAUAACAGCAACAGAACUAUGGCAUUUUUAGCUGAAAACUCAAACCCAUUUUAUCAGCAGCCAUUAAUAUUUGCUGAGUCUUUAAGAUCUACUAAGUUAUAUGAAAUUCUUUCUAAAGUAUUUAAAACUAGAGUUUCUAAAAGCAUAUUAUCACAAAUAUGCAUUUUUCCAAAGUAUUCUGUGGCUUUUUUGGUCAGUAACUUCAGUGAAAUUACUCUCAACAAUCAAGAUGAAACCAGUCAAGAAAUUACUGAUAACCUGAAUGAAGAAUUUAUCAGCAGGCUAGAACACUUUCAAAAUAUACAUCGAAAUACAUAUGUGGUGCUGAUGAACUGUGUUUGGGAAGCAGCAGAAGUUACCAUUGUGUUUAAACUACAGAAGAAGUUUUUCCUUAAGAAGUGUAAAAUCUUACUGGCUGUGAAUGAAGAGGAGUGUGCCAAACACAUCCUAACUAUAGUUAAGGUCAGUUGUCCCCCUGUUGACAAGAUUGUACAAGACAAAAUAAGAGCCAUCUUAGAAUCAAGCCUAACAGAAGAAACCAUACUCCAGUUAAUAAGAAGUAUGGGACUUUGUGAAUAUGAAAGUACUUUAGCAGUAGAUGGUUGCGAGAAUCUGUCUGGCAUUGCUUCUGCAGAUAUCUCGAGACUCCAGGAUUGCAGUCUAGAAGCUUCUUCGGCAAAAGUUAUCAUCAAUUUCUGCGAAGAAAAUAAAUAUUACUUAAAAGUUUAGGUAUUCUGUGAUGUAUCAGUAUAUUUGCAACACUUUUCUACUAAUAGGUGUGACAGUAUACUAGAUUCACUUCAUAAGAUAACCUUGUGAUAUUUAUAAACAAAGUUUGAUUUAUGUAUUUAAAAUUCCUUAACAUGCCAACAAAGCUGCAUUUGAAUUCUUAUAACAUUCUUAUCUGACUUAAUAAAGUGUAUCACUUAGAAAUUGUUAAUAAAAUCUUGGUCUUGAUCAAUCUGUAGCAAAAAAAUAAUUAAGGAAACUGGCUAGAGCAUCUGCUUAAUAAGCAAUCACAUCAAUUCCUGCAAGAAUGAAAUUUGGUAUGUGAUUAAUUUUUAAGUUGAUAAUUUCUAUCCCAUAGUCAUUUAUGGUUAUGUUAAUCUGCUGUUACAGAAUUCAUAACUCUGUUAUGUGAUGUUUAUGUGUAAGUUAUGUUGCAUCGUGAUAUUCUGAUAACAUUUAGUUGAAGUUUGGUGUUAUAUUUGCUAGUUAAUUUUUUAUAUGCAUGAGUUAGGUUUUCAGAGCAAAUGUUUUAAUCACAUGAAAGUAAAGAAAGAUUAAAUAUUCUGUAGAUGUAAAAAAGACCAUUUUAGGAAGAGUAAUAUUGUCCCUCUUAACAUACAGAACCAGCUGAAUCACAUUUUCCUAGUUAAUAUUUGAAUCUUGACUUCCUUGUAAGUAAAAUAACAGUUCAAUCAAAUUAAACAUAUUUGUCAUAGUGUUAAAUAAGGAAAAAAAUCAUUAGUUUACUUACAAACAAAUAUGUAUAUGUAUUUUUUUAUUUUAAAAGUUUCUGAGUUAAGGGAUGUAACUUGUCUGUUUCACAUAAUUGGUUUAAUACUGGACUGCUAUUAUGGAUGUCUAUCUUAGCCAUUAAUACUUAUAUACAUGAUUAAACGAAUAGAUAUUUGACGAUGCUAUAUUGUAUAAAGCAAAAAAUCCAGUAUUUAAAUGAUUUCAUAAUUUUCAGAAAAAAAAAAUACUAUGAUAUGUAAAUAUCAUAAAUUAAACUUCUUUAAAUUUAGUAUAUGAGUAUAUCUGUAUUUAGAUAUUUGCAUUUCUGUAUCUAGUUAUAUGUCAUAGAAGAAUAGGAUGUGUCCAAACUUGAACUGCGCAAGUCCUGCCACUAGAAACUGUUACACAAGAUCAUGGGUUUGGCCGCAGAUAUGACUAUACACCUUGUCAGUUUUCUUGAUUAUUCGUUAAGCAAGUUUUAAUGUGUUUUCGGUGGUUUGGUUAUCUGUGGACAGAGAAAAAUCUAUAACUUUGGUUUCCACUUUUUUAUUAAUGGGGCUUGCCUGAUGAUGUAGCAUUUUGAUAGCUCUAGUGAGGAAUAGGACUUAAUGCAACUCAAAAAAAAGUUGAUUAUUUGAGCCUUAGUGUGUUGGCUUUCUCAGAAAAUGUCUGCAGCAAGCACCGACUACAGAUAUCCAAACUAGUUAAAAAGAGUCCAUGUGUUAAUAUUUGAGUAAAGACAUAAUAUCUACAUGUGACUUGUGUUCAAUAGAAGUGAUUCCGUAUGUGAAGAA